GAGAGAGAGAGAGAGAGAGAGAGAGAGAUUUACUAUGUCAGAAGUCAUGUUUUUUCGAGAUAACAGACACUCUAUUGCCUGAAGUUUUGCCAGUGAGCUUGAGUUAGCCGCACCUGCAGAAAAGCCUCAUCAUGGCGGAAAUGGACCAGAGUCAAAUGUCUCUGCUCAGUCUGGAGGAUGAUCUGAGCUGCAGCAUCUGUCUGUGUCCCUUUGACUGUCCGGUGACCAUCCCCUGCGGACACAACUUCUGCCAGGACUGCCUCCUCGCCACCUGGAAGGACUCCUACAGCUGUCCUCAGUGUCGGACAUACUUCGCCACCAAACCGGAGCUGAAGAAAAACACCGUCCUCAGCGCCGUCGUGGAGACCUUUAACUUGAGGACGACCAAGCGCGAGGCCAGCCUGAUGAUAGAAGAGGAGAGCAAAGCGGAGAAAGAGGAUGUCAUACGUUGUGAUACUUGUAUGGAAGCAGAAGCGUCGCAGACCUGCCUCACGUGCAUGGCCUCUUUCUGUGAGGAGCACCUGCGGCCUCACCGGGAAAACCCAACAUAUAGUGUCCACCAGCUGAGUGAGCCUGUCGGUGACCUGGCUGAGCGUAUCUGCCCGGACCACCACAAGCUGAUGGAGCUCUUCUGCAGCCAACAUGGCCGUCCUAUCUGCAGCUUUUGCCUCCAACAAGUCCACAAAGGCUGCUCCUUCACGUCCCCCGAGGAGCAGAGGAACCUGAAAGAGUCUGACCUCAGAGAAAAGUUGGGUUUGCUGAAUGAGAAGAUUGAGAAGACUGAGACUUUUAUGUUUCAAAUGAAUGACACGCAGAGCAAGCUGAAGGAAGCAGCAACCACAAGGAAGACAGCAUUGGCAGCGGUGUAUCAGCAGAUGCGGGAUAUGUUGUUCCAAGAAGAACACGAGUCCCAACAUGAGGUGGACCGCGAGCUGGAGAUUGGUCAGACGAAACUUCAGGACCACAUGAAGAGGUUGAAUGAGAACACUAAGAAGAUGACAAAAGCCAGAGAAUCUAUCAACAAUCUGCUGAGUCAAUCCCAAACCCUGGCCUUUCUACAGGCUUCAUUUAACUUGCCUAAGGCAAUAAAGUUUGAUCCUGACAUGCCUCAAAUUAAGCUGGACUCUAAGAAGGUGACAGAAACACAGGCCUUUUCUGCUGCCCUGAAGCAGCACCUGACAGAGAUCCUUAAACAGCCUGUUGAGGCCAGACUACUGAAACUUAAACCUGGUGAAUGUGCAGUCCAUUUACCAUUCACAGAUGAAAAAUCAGUUCCUGUCUCAGGAUCUGCAAGUACUGGAAGUACUGGAUCUCUGCCAGAAGCAGUAGUAACCAAGAGUCCAAAGCAGAGAAGACCGCCCAGGUCCCACAGUCCACGUCGUCCACCCGUCCAGCCAAUAUUCCAGACAGUUCCUAAUCCUCUGCAUUCUUUUAUGGGCUCACAAGCAGUCUGGAAUCUACCCCCGUAUGUGCACGGUCAGCCAUCUGGCUUUUACAGGGGGCCUCCAUUUAUGGCAGGACAACAGACAAACCAAGACCAUAGGCUGCCCCGCAAUGCUCCAGGAAGAUAUAAGCCAAGUGCGAAAGGAAACCACGAAGAAAGACAUUUCCAGAAGCCAUCUUUCUUCUGAGAAAUCAACUAGAAACCACCCACAGCCUAAUAGAAGUAACUUGUAGAAAUUAUGAAGUGAUCAUUUAUCACUUCACGUGACAGGGAAGGGCACUAUUGUGUUGCUUAAAUAAACAGCAUACACACAUACACAGAGCCAGCCUUUGGUGCUCAUAUGCAUUACUUUAUAAAUGGUCAUUAUGGAUAUGUAAUGUAUGAUUUUUUGCAUGACCAAACUUUAUAUGUGUAAAUGAUUGAGUUUGCAAUUGGUUUGUAAUGAACACCACAUUUCCAAGCAACUUGAGCUCAGCAUUAGUUAAAUUGGUAAAUGAUUACCGCAUCCUAAUAUAACGAAGUCAGCGUGAGCAUAUGGCUGCUGUGAUCUCCGACGAGGGAUCAUAGCAGCAGUAAUUUAUAAUAUAACUUAAUUAAAACACAGAGACAUGUGGCUUAUAUAUGAAAAUAUUUAUGGGAAUGUCUUUAAAUUCAAAAGAUCGCUUCAUUACAUUCAGUUCAGUCAAAAUGCAUUCGUGUCACCUGUGGUGACAAUUUCACCAAAUCCUACCAUUUUUGCAAACAGCUAUGUUUAAUAAUAAUAAUAAUAAUAAUAAUAAUACUACAUUAGACUUAUAUAGCGCUUUUCUUGUAACUCAAAGACGCUUCACAGAGUGGGUGGAAUGUUUAUAUGAUCAUUACCAAUAAAAGCUUUUUUUCUCCCAGA